UAUACAAAAAAAAAACAACAAAAUACACAUACAUACGAAAAAAAAUAUUUGGGCUGUUCUGGCAGCAGCGCAACAGCAAUGAGUGGUGCAAGUGAAUCCAAUUGGGAUUUAGUUAAAUGUGUUGCUGUGUGGUGCGGGCAAAUGGCGAGAGAGACGUAAAUAAUGAAACGGCAAAAACUAAUAACAAAUGUAAAACGCAAAAGUAAUAAGCAAUAGAACGUCUAGUGCUGUAACUGUAACAAAAGGCGCUGCGAACAAUCGUGUGGCGAGAAGCUAAAAGAAAAAGUGCUGCGCGAUACUGUACAUGCCCCUUUCCCCGCCCUAAUAGGAAAAUCAACACACACUUUGCAUAGCUGUGCUGCCUGCUUAAGCAACCACCGAAAAUGUCAUCGCUCAAGGUUGCCGUGAGGGUUCGGCCCUUUAACACUCGUGAAAAUGAUAUGGACGCGCAGCUUAUUGUGGAAAUGGAGGCGAAGAAGACGCGCCUGCUGAAGCCGCGCCUGCAAUCCAUACGCGAUGCUGGCCGCGAAUCUCAUCAUGACUUUACCUUUGACUACAGCUAUUGGUCGUUCGAUGAGGAGGACUCACACUUUGCCACACAGGAGCAGGUGUAUAGCGAUCUUGGCAAUGAUGUUGUCGAUUGCGCAUACGAAGGUUACAAUGCUUGCGUUUUUGCCUAUGGGCAGACUGGCUCGGGCAAGACGUUCACCAUGAUGGGCACACCGAACAAUCCGGGACUGAUACCGCGCAUUUGCCAGGAGCUGUUUGCGCGCAUGCGUGUGGGCCAGGAGUCGGGCACGGGCUAUCGCACGCACGCCAGUUAUCUGGAGAUUUAUAACGAGCGUGUCAAGGAUCUGCUGGCGGCACAGAGCUCGGGACAUGCGCUGCGCGUGCGCGAACAUCGCAGCCUGGGGCCCUAUGUCGAAAAUCUAUCGCAGCAUGCAGUGUCAGACUUUGAGGAGAUACAGGAUUGCAUUGCACGCGGCAAUGCGCAACGCACCACGGCCAGAACGAACAUGAAUGACACGAGCAGUCGCAGUCACGCCAUCUUCACGAUUACGUUUGUGCAGGCCGUCUUCAUGAAUGACAUGCCAAGCGAGACCGUAUCCAAAAUCCAUCUGGUCGACUUGGCUGGCAGUGAGCGUGCGAAUGCAACGGGCGCAACUGGGCAGCGACUGAAGGAGGGCGCACACAUUAAUAAAUCGCUUGUAACAUUGGGCAGCGUCAUUUCAGCGCUGGCGGAACAGACAAGCGCAGGCGGCGCUGGCGUCAGCAAUUCAACCAACUCGUUGGCCACCACGCCCAAUGGUGGCACAAAGCGUGUGCUCUACAUUCCCUAUCGCGAUUCCAUUCUCACCUGGCUGCUUAAGGAUAGCUUGGGCGGCAACAGCAAAACAAUUAUGAUAGCCGCGCUCUCGCCAGCCGAUUGUAAUUACAGCGAAACGCUGAGCACGCUGCGCUAUGCUAAUCGCGCCAAGCAGAUUAUCAACAAGCCCACAGUGAACGAGGAUGCGAAUGUCAAACUCAUACGCGAGCUUAGAGAAGAGAUUAACAAACUCAAAUCCAUGCUCACGGGCGAUAUUAACUUGCUGCAGCCCUCGCUCAAAGUGCUGGCUGAUCUGCAGAAGAAGGAGGCGCAGGAGAAAGUCUUGACUGAGGAAUGGACAGAGAAAUGGAAAGUGGCGCAGUCAAUACUGCAGGAGCAAAAGAGUCUGGGGCUGCGCAAGUCUGGCGUUGGAGUUGUGCUCGACUCGGAGAUUCCACAUCUGAUUGGCAUACACAACGAUGUCACCACAGGCGUCACUUUGUACAGCUUGAAGGAGGGCGAAACACGCAUUGGCACUGAGGAUGCAGAUCUGGCGCAGCAUAUAGAGCUUAUCGGCGAUGGCAUACAGCCAGAGCAUUGCAGCAUUGUCUUAAAAGGCGGCGUGGCCACGCUGCAUCCUUGUGCCAAGGCACAAUGCUGGGUAAAUGCUCAUCUAAUUGAUGAGCCCAGGCAGAUCUCGCAGGGCGACAUCAUUUUGCUGGGUCGCACCAAUAUAUUUCGCUUUAACAAUCCCAUCGAGGCAGAGAAAUUACGCAAGGACUUGCAUCGCUCACAGCUGGACAUGUCGCGUUUGUCGCUGAUCACUUCCUCUAGAGAAAAUCUGCUCACAUGCAGUGCCUAUGCAGAUGAGGAGGCCAUGACGGGCAGCACCACAUCGCCGUAUAAGCGCUCAGAGCGUCAGUAUUAUCCACAGCGCACCACGCCCAUCUCACGCGACGAUCCCGAGCUGCAGGAAGAGAAUCGUAAAAUACUAGACACCAUUGAAAAUGCUCUAAAGCAGCUAAAUGUGGAGCGCGUUCAGAUGCACGAUCAAUACAAGACUAAGGUGCGCAAGCUGACGGAGGAGCUGAGGCGGCUGGAGCAAGAGAAAACCGAUGGAUUGCAGCUCUUGAAUUGCCGCGAGCAGGAGCUGUUUGCACGCAAGGAUAUGCUGGUGUGGGAGAAGAACAACGAAAAAGUUCAGAUCGACAUUGUGUGUAGACAAAUCUCAGCGUUUCAGACGCAGCUCGACUCUAAGAAACGAGAUUUCUCCGAGUAUGUAGCAAAAGAAUUGCAGGAGCUGCAUGAUUGUGGCAAACUGGAUGAGAUGGGCAUCAAAAUUGAGGAGGGCACACCGCUGAACGAUGAGCUGCUGGUGCAUGUGUCCGAUUCGUUGGACGAAUUCGCUGCUACCUUUAUAAAGGAUACAGUGCGUAGAAACAAUGAAGAAAUACGCAGACUGGAUGAACAAAUAGCCGAAAAGGAACUCAUCUUGAACGCCAGCACCAGCAAGAUUGCCAAAGUGGAUGAGACCAUGCUCGAAAUUCAAGCACAAUUGGAUCGUUUGCGCCAGGAGCGCACUGACACUGAGCUUGAGGCUUUGAGAGCUAAGAAGCAAAGCAUGCAGCUGCAAAUGCAGAGCAGCAUCGACAUGUCUGAGGUGUCCAAAUCAGAUACAUAUGAAACCUGUGAUACUUACCAUACAGCCAACUCCGAGCUGUUGACUUCGCCCACAAUUACCGAGGGCCAGCAGACGCCACUGAGCAAUAGUUCCUGCGAGGCCGAGGAUGAAGCUGAGGACACGCGCAAGGAUGACUUCUCAGGCAGCAGCGAGGAUGCAUCACGCACCUGCACUGCAGGGCCCAGCAGCAGCAAUGGCAGCGGCAGUGUCAGCGGCUUAGGAAGUGCUGGUAGUGGUAGUGCCAGCGUUGCACCCAGCUCCCAGCUCAAUGUGCUGAUGAGCGACAGCGGCGUUUGUCUGGACAGUCGCGCACAAACGUUGCCACUUAGCAACAACCAUAGGCACAAGAUGUACUCCAGCGAUGAGGAGACUGGCUCCUGCUCCUCCUGCGAAUUUGGUGGCUGUGUUGGCGGCACGCGUGCCCAUUGUCCACUGCAUGUGCAGCGUCGUAAGAUUGCCGCACAGAAGGCGCUGAUUAUGAAAAACCUUGAAACGGAUGUCAACAAGGCGCAGCUGGAUGAGCAGAUUGCGGAUUUACAGGAAUACCAGCAAACCUAUUUGCAAAUGGAGCAGGAAAUGCUGCAGUCUACAAAGGAUCUGGAGCGGCAUGCCGCGUGCUGCGGUGAGAUGACCAGAUCAUGCCCAUCCAUGCGGGAAAUGCCAGAAGGCGAACACUUUAUUACCAUACCCAGUUUUGUUAUGCGUGGAGCUGGCAAACAGACCCACUAUGAGUACGAAGUGCGCAUUGCAUUGCCGGAUGGUAAUUUAAAUAUAUUGCGUCGCUAUAGUCGCUUCCGCGAGCUGCACUUGUGCAUGAAGCAUUGCUAUGGAGCGAAGAUCUCGGCUUUGCCUUUUCCACGGCGUGAACUCUUCGCUUCCAAGAGCGAACCGGUGGCGAAGCAUCGUCGUCGCUUGCUGGAGCUCUACUUGCGUCGCCUGUUCAACGUCUGCUCGAAAAUACCGCAGUGCCCCAUUUAUGACGGCCCCGAUGGGCCGGGCCUGACGCGUGCCUCCCUUGUUCAGCUGUCGUCUUUUUUCAAGAAAGGCCUGUUCGAAAACGGAAAGCACGGGACGGGGUAAUAGUUAGCCUACUGCUGAAUUAUCUCCUGCCUACAGUGUGUCUAUUUGUCUACUUAUAUUAUCUGUUAAGCUACAUGAAUGACUAUGUGGACCUGCUU